AUGCAAUGGCACCGUUGGGCUUGGAGAGCCUCUGCUCAGGCCCGUUCAAGGCUUGGAGAGCCUCAGCUCUGGCCCCUUGACUUCGGUUCUGCCGAACCUCACCAUGUUUCGUUUGAUACUCCAAACCUUGUCUACUUAGACUAUGCAGAUGGUCUUGCCCGAAACUAUCCGCUUGUCAACUUGGAUUCACUUGUUGAAGCUAGGCUCGAUGUUGGAUCGACCCGACCUCAGAUGCAUGCAAGAGAUUCAUCAGGCAGAUAUGAAGUUCCUUGGGACGCCACCAAUCUUAUCAUGGGAAUACAUAAUGUUCAAACCUUUCACUUAACUUCUGAUACAAUUGAGGUGAUUGGAGACUUUUGUAAGACCGUACCGGUAUUCCACAAUUUGAAACAUUUAUCGAUUGAGAGUGACCAUCGACGAGGAUGGCAAGCCUUGCCUCUCUUGCUCAUCAACUGCCCCACUCUACACACUCUUGUCUUCCAUAGUCUGCACCACUGUGUUACAGAUGGAUGUGGAGAUGUUUGUGACUGCAUCAUUUAUCCUUCUUCUUGUUUAUCAUCAUGUCCUGUGAAGAUUCUCAAGAUAUUGGACUUUGGUGCGACUUGUGGGGAGAUGUCAUUAGUCGAGCAUUUCCUCAAGAAAUUGCCUCUUCUUGAAGAAGUGACCAUCAUAUUAGACUAUGAAUCCACCUUAGAGGAGGAUUUGGAUCUUUUUGAAGUCUCCGAGGCACUGGAGAUGACCCCAAGAGCUUCACCAAACUGCAAAUUAAGAAUCGUUGAUGAAUAA